GUUUCAGGGUAAAGAUGAUGCGUGGUGCGAGUCAACAGCCGAUCAUCGUUUUGAGCCAAGGGACAAAAAGAGAGAGUGGUCAUCAGGUUCAAAUUGGGAAUAUCACCGCUUGUAAGACUAUCGCCGAUGUGAUUCGCACCAGCCUUGGUCCUCGGGCAAUGCUGAAAAUGCUCAUGGACCCUAUGGGAGGAAUUGUUAUGACCAAUGAUGGAAAUGCAAUUCUUAGGGAGAUUACUGUGAAACACCCAGCAGCAAAGAGCAUGAUCGAAAUUGCUAGAACUCAGGACGAGGAAACUGGAGAUGGCACUACAUCGGUAAUUGUACUGGCCGGGGAGGUUAUGGCUCAAGCACAGCCGUUCCUUGAGCAGAAAAUACAUCCCACCAUCAUCAUUCAGGCUUACCGUGCUGCUUUGGAAGAUAUGGUAAAACUCGCUGAGGAGAACACUCACCAGUUUUUGAUUUUGGUUAAUACUUUGCAACAGGUCACCACUGUUGUUAAAUCUUGUCUUGGCACAAAAAUGAUUAGCAAAUGGAUGGAUCUUGCUGUUCAAAUCUCUCUUGAUGCGAUUAGAACUAUCAGGGUAGACAAAGGAAGUGCUAGCGAGAUCGAUAUCAAGAGGUAUUGUCGCAUCGAAAAGGUCCCGGGCGGCACAAUCGAGGACUGUAAAGUAAUCAAAGGAGUCGUUUUGAACAAGGAUGUAACCCACGCUAAAAUGCGCAGACGUAUCGAAAACCCACGUAUUGUAUUGCUUGACUGCAAUCUCGAGUAUAAGAAAGGUGAAUCACAAACAUCGCUGGAGAUAAUGAAGGAAGAGGACAUAAGCAGGAUUCUCGAGCAGGAAGAGGAGUCUAUCAGAAAGCAGUGUGAUGAUAUCAUACGUGUGAAGCCUGAUCUUGUGUUCACCGAAAAAGGCGUUUCUGAUCUUGCACAGCACUUCCUACUUAAAGCUGGCAUCACAGCUAUUAGGCGCUUGAAGAAAACGGAUAACAACAGAUUGGCACGGGUGUGCGGUGCUCGCAUCGUCAACGAUACCACCGAUCUUCGUGAGUCCGACGUCGGUACAGAAGCUGACCUCUUUGAAAUCACAAAAAUUGCCGACGAAUAUUACACCUACGUCACUUCUCCAAAGACCACAGCAUGCACUAUCUGUCUUCGUGGUCCUUCCAAAGAUGUCAUAAAUGAGGUUGAAAGAAAUCUUCAAGACUCCCUCCAUGUCGUACGCAAUAUCAUGCUGAACCCUCGUCUUGUUCCUGGUGGCGGAGCGUUGGAGAUGGCGCUGGCUCAGGCAAUAACCGAGAAAGGAAAAUCGAUGGAGGGCGUUCGUCAAUGGCCGUACAAGGCAAUUGCUCGUGCCCUUGAGGUCAUCCCACGCACCCUCAUCCAAAACUGCGGUGGAAGCACAAUUCGUCAACUUACCGCUCUUCGCGCGAAGCAUGCUCAAAGUCCUGAGAACUGGACCUGGGGCAUCAAUGGCACAACGGGAGACUUGGUUGAUAUGUGCAAGCUGGACAUCUGGGAUCCGCUUAGUGUCCGUGAGCAGGUACUGAAGACCGCUGUGGAAACCUCGGUUAUGCUACUACGUAUCGAUGAUAUCGUGUCUGGAACGAAGAAGUCUCAGCAAGGAGAUGGACCAAACCAGGAAAUGCCGCAGUAA